AAAAGAAUACGUGAGGCUCCAGGGCUUUUAUUUCUGCGCAAAACAAAAAAGAUCCUGGACGAGUCCGGAUUUGAACCGGAGACCUUUCCCAUGCUAAGGGAACGCGCUACCAACUGCGCCACACGCCCAUUAUUGCGCUUUCAAACACUUUUCAAAACUAUAUUCAUUAACAUCAUAAUUCUCUUCAUGUUUCAAAGCUUACAAAUUCGAAUUCAUUCAUGCACUUGUAAACUGACUAUCGAGUCUCACUAUUUUUUAUUCGAGCAAAAAAUACACUGGUACGUAGCUGGGAGUUGUCUGAAGCUUUUUUAUAUAUAUAUUUUAUAUAGUUUUGCCCCUUCAAUCAGAUGAAUCUACCAAAAAAAAAAAUGCCAAAGAAAUAUCCUUGCCGUGAAUAACGGAAGGGGAUAGAUUGC